CGAUAAGUAAAUAAAAACACGUACCCCUUGCAAAAUCUUUGUUUUCUGACGCAGUUUUCCAGCAAAAUUUCCGCAUAGUUUUCUUGCUUGUAUCUUUUGUGCACUUUUCCUGCAAAUUAUGGACGAACCGUCGGUUCCCACGGUCGAUCGUCCUGCUUCGGCGAUUGCGAUCGAUCCGUCCAAAACUCCGAAACAGAUUUACUUCGAGCUGCUCCGGGUUUGGCUGCACCAUGCCCAGAUGCAGCAGCAACUGCAGGCCUACUUUCCGUACUACCUGAUGAACAACUAUCCGCAGCUGUUCCAGGCCGGGACAGCUGGGCCGGGAGCGGGCACGGCAUCCGGAACGACCGGUGGGAACAGUGUGGUCCCCCAUGGGGGGAACCAAGCUCAGGCCAACCAGAGGAGGGCCGCGCAAAUGUUGGAUCCUGCCAGGCAGGAAGAGAUUAUCAACCGGAACGGCGGCUACGAGUACAUAAUUGCACCCCUUUGGAAGCGCUUCGUGGCCGAGGCGAUCGACAUUAUCAUCAUCUUUUUGCUGAAAGUUAUGACCACUAUGGCGUUCAUCGACUUCUUUGAGAUUGACUUACUCGACAUCGACUUCGACGCCAUCCGCAACUCGAUCGAGGAGGACUACACCGAACUACUCUCGUACACCUCUGAGCUAAUAAUACUGGAAAUAAUCACAAAAUGCGCCGUCUGCGUUUACGAAACCCUGUGGACAAUCCACGGUCAGGGUCAAAUCGGCGGCGCCACACCCGGCAAAAUGCUGAUGGGCAUACGAAUCGUGCACGUGGACGCUGUCGUUCUGCUGGAUCCACCCCCGGCCGGUGGCUUGGUGGCAAACCAGCAAACGCCGAUCCGGGCGCUGCUCUACCCGGCGGCCAAUCCGGGCUUCCGGCGGGCGCUCUGCCGAUCGGUCGCCAAGAACGCCCUGAUUGCGCUCUUCUUCCCGAUGUGCUUCCUGAUGUUCUUCUUCAGGCACAACCGAACCAUGUACGACGUCAUGACCAAAACAAUCGUCGUUGAGGACAAUCCGGCGCCGGUGCUGCGAAGGCGCUAGGAAGGUGAUGAAGAUGGUGGUAAGUCGCGUUUAGUCAUGGAAUCGAGCUGUGUUUGGGGAUUUUAUUUUGAGUGGGUUUAUUAAGUACUAAGCAUCAACCGUUGGACAGUUGAUGGAAAAUUACGCAAAUGGCAGGGCGUUGCCUCUCGGGACCUUAUCCGCGGGGGGAUAUUUCGUUAACCAAAUAUUUUUUAAUCGAUCAUCUUAAUAAAUGUAGCAGUAGUAAAAUGUC